AUGGUUCGAUUGCAAUCUGGUCUGGUUGCUGGCGAAUACGAAGCGUUACAAACUUCUGAUCAAGGGGACUCGACGAGGCAACCCCCCGCCGUCCCAAAUGAUCAGGAACGCGUCACAGCGUUGGAACAACAGGUAGAAGAGGUGGACGACAAGGUUGCCCUCACAGCCUUUAUGGGAGGACUACAGACUUCUAAGUUCCUAUUUUCCUUAUCAAAAGAAGCCCCUACAAGCAUGACAGAGUUGAUGGUUAGAGCAUGGAAGCACAUGAAUGCUGAGGAUGCUAUGAAUGCACGAAAAAAUAAAGAUGGUGAAGAUAAGAGGUCGGAGAAGAAGAGGCUAGCACCUAACACUAGGGAGGAAAAGGAAUCGAAGUACAAGAAAUUCUCAAACAACCAGAUUCAAGAUGACGCAUCAUUGAAAUGGCCACCAAAGCUAAAAGCUAAUCCAACAAAGAGGUCUCUAAGUAAAUACUGUAGGUUUCACCGGGACCAUGGACAUAACACAGAAGAUUGUUUCGACCUCAAAAACCAGAUCGAGAACCUUGUUCGUAAAGGUCAUUUACGCAAAUUCACAACUGGAAAUGGAAAAGGAGGCUCCAACCCAGCCCGGGAGGGCCGAGAUGAUCGCCCUCCUCAACACCAACCAAUGGGUGAGAUCAAAGUUAUAUCGGGUGGCUUCGCUGGUAGUGGUGAGACGAGUUCGGCUCGGAGGGCUCAUGCUAGGAGUAUUCGGAGUUUUUCAGAGGUGAAUGAAGUUGGAAUGACAAGUCCUCCAACAAAAUUACCUCGAGUUGAGGAGCCGGUCAUAACCUUUUCUGAAGAAGAUGACAAGGGAAUUCACCAGCCCCAUGAUGACCCCCUGGGCAUACAAGAAAUUGAAAAUUGGCCGAGAGAAGCUCCGACCCAUGAAAUCACCACUGGUGGGAUUUUCAGGCGAUAA